CUACUGCCUGACGAUAGAAGAGAGAUUCGGAUUGAUAUGUCGUGGCGUAGAAAAUAGAAGUAAAAGCGAUCUUGAAGUCAAGUUCUUCGUAGUUCUCAGAAGUAUCAUCCACCAUGAGCAAGAUGUUCUCCACGACGACCAGCACGACCCCACGCCCCGUGUGGUCUGUCCUCUCCACCGCGAUGGAGUGGGCUUACUUUCUGGUCGUUCUCUUGCUUGCAGCAGUGUACGCCUUGGAGACUGGUCGAGUGCACAGUCGCAACGUCGGAGAUGAAACUUCUGAUCCUCCAGGGCGAGGAGCAAGAGCAUUUGAUUUUGUCUCCUCGAUGCCGUUGUUCCAUCCGUGGCCUUGGCCGACUUCUACUGUUUCGUUUCCAGCGCUUGCCGGUGCAGUGCUCGGGUUGAAAGUGGUCGAGUACAUCGUUCUUGCAGACGAGGAAUACAAAAGGGAACACGACCUACCGAUCGGAACGGCGGCGCGCUGGAGGAACGCUCGACCUGCUUGGGCAACUACGAGGAGUCUGUUUCUGUCUACCAUCAGUGCAGCUCAUUUGCUCCUGCAGUUUUUUCUCGAGGUGCAACUGUGGUGGGUCUUGUGCGUGCGGAAUUACAUACCGUUUCUUGAGGAUGAUCGGGCCGGCGAGGACCAGACUCCAAGAAUGAUCUUCGACGCUGAAGCCAACCCCUACGCUAGACCAGUCGCCGGCCGGACGGAAGGCGCAGUAGGGGAGUUGUGGGGCUUUGAUAUUCCGACGCUCAUGUUUUUCGUGCUGUGUGUCGGCGGAUGUGUGCGGCGUAUUUCGAUCAUCAUUGGAAAUGGAAGAACAUCAAAACGGGAUGUUGAAACCUUCCCCCGGUCACACCAAACGCAGACGUCCGUGAACCUCGAGGAAUGGCUAUUUGCAGUUCUACUUUCCCUUCCGGCCGUGGCGGCUUUUGCUGCUUCUGUAAAACAACAGCUUCCAGCAUUCGACUCCUCUGGCGCAGAUAAGAGCAAGUGGCUCAACAAUUCAUCGGAAGCGUUAUUUCUGAAACUGGACUCUUUUUUCCGCAACAUCCACGUCUUCCAGCCCAGCGCCACUCCUACCGACCGCUCGAAAACGACCGUGCUUUAUGUCGCCUAUCUCUUAUCCACACUCUGCUUGUUGUCCCUUCCCAAGACCGCGUCGCUGGACGGUUUCCUCGCCGGAGUGUGUCUGAAAUACGACAAGGAAGAGUCCGGAACCUCCGUUCUGUCCACCCUCCACUUGCUUAUGGCCAUGACGGCGAUUUUUUUCUGCGUUCCGAUCGCCCUGGAAACGGCGCGAAGGAACGACUUCUCCCCAGCGCCGGUUUUGAGCGACCUUGCGCUGGUGUACUGCUAUGCGGUUGCGUUGUUCUCCUUUUUGUUCCUGAACAUCGGCGUAUUGCGGGGAGACCGGCCACUCAUCGAACGGGACCACAUGCGGGAGGAGGAGUGGAAGAAAAUGAAAUUGGAAAAGGAAAAAGAGAUCAAAGCGAAACAAACGGGACAAAAAUCGAAGACACAGUGAAGAACGAAGGAAACCAAAUAAGCGUGUGCUGGUGUCGGGGCGGGCGACUUCAUCUUUAUUCAAGGGCGGAAAGAGGAGGAAGCGGAAGGUACCUCAAACAAUAGAUUUUGCGUUUCGUUGUCGUCUGUGCUCGCUGGAGCAGCAGUUAAUGGUGCAUGUAGAUGACAUCUUUCUGCUCCGUAGUUCUGAGAAGUGCAAGUGGCACGGAGCUUCUAGUACCAGCGUUUCCUUAUAUUUGGAAUUGGGUCGUCGGCGUGGGCAUCAAAGCUGCCCAAUGUCAAAGUGCUACAACGUCAGAACCUAGGAAAAGGAACGUACUUACAAGGCUGAAGUCGGUGGGUCGGCAAAGGAAUACAAAUGUCAAUUGAAACUAGAAAUGGAUGCAAUCGCAAAGCAGCUUCUGCAUGGGUAAUCCUAACAGGAGCUAGGCGAAAUCUCAAACUACACUGACAGUCCUAGUGUAAAAACGCACCGGAGCUUGCUCCUGCUCUUCUCAAAGACCGCAGUUGACGAGUCGGCAGUUUUCUUUUUUUUUUGGUGGCAGACCUUACAUGCAUAAUUCUACCAUAGAGCAGCACGACCACGAGCCACUUCACAUGCAUCGAUCUUUGACCACUAAUAUGACAGCCGCACAACAUCAACAAGCCCUCCCGGACGUCGCCCUUUCGAAGGCUGACGCGGACUGUGCGAGGGCGCAGGAAGCCUUGCACUCCAGCUGGACAACAUACCGCAGCAUACUCCACCAGCUCGCUCUCCACCGCGCGGAGGCCCAGGAUCUCCUCCGCGCUGCGAGCCAGUGGCGAAGCCGGCUCCGCGAAGCCCUGGGGGAUGGGCGGCAUCGCGUCGCGUUUAUGGCGUUCUCAACUGUUACAUUCUCAACUGUUACAUGAAUAAACUUGUCAUGCAAAAACAGCAAUAGGGAAUAAAGGGGAGAGCUUGCAAGUCUUGCAUCACAAAUUUGGCACGGAUUUCAGACUCAGAACAACCUUCAGGCACGGAGGACUACAGACAAGCCUUCAGGCCAAAAGAAUCCCCGCUCUAGUUCUAAAAUGAAAGCGUGUGCGUUUGAAGUUCGCAGCUAAAUCGACGCCGCAAGUCGACUUUUACUUUGUCAUAUAAAUAAUUUUUGAUGUAGACAUUACUUCAGCAAGACAAAAAAUACAAUGAGCUGGUGAAUUCUAAAAAAAUUUUAUAUCAAAAGAGCACGAGGGACGGCCAUUUUUUCUGUACAAAAUGGGGCAUGAGAAGCAGAAGCAUAAUUCCUGCUCCAUAUCAUAAAUGCAUGCGAACACCGGGCGAGCUAGGGGAGUAGUACGCACAGGGAGCAUGAGCACGGACAUGCAAAUCCCAUGACUAAACUGAGCCGAGCAGUUAAAGUCAACGCUUGAACACGGACAAGCAACGCCGAAGGUCCUACGUGAACCCACCGGGAGCUCGUUUAUGAUAUGGAAAUGAAAACUAAGUCGAAGCUUUGGCUCCUUUUGAGAGACGGAAGCAAAAAAUGCGAAAAGUUAACACGCUGUACAAUUUUGAACGAAACUGUCAU